AGGGGGCGGGGCCAACGCGCAAGGGGGAGGGGAGGUGGGCAAGAUGGCUUCUGGCGAGUGAUUCUGCCUGGAUACCUUCGGCCACCGCUGAGACACCGGGACGGGGGGUGCUGCCCCCACUGCUGCCCUGCUUCCUCUCCCCCGCCCCCAGAGACCCCCUCCUUCCCUUCCUCCUUCUACCUCGGUGGGGAGGGAGGGGAGGUGGGCCUGGUUCCUGGGACACCAUGUCGGACUCAGAGGAGGAGAGCCAGGACCGGCAACUGAAAAUCGUCGUGCUGGGGGACGGCACCUCCGGGAAGACCUCCUUAGCUACGUGUUUUGCUCAAGAAACUUUUGGGAAACAGUACAAACAAACUAUAGGACUGGAUUUCUUUUUGAGAAGAAUAAUGUUACCAGGAAACUUGAAUGUUACUCUUCAAGUUUGGGACAUAGGAGGGCAGACAAUAGGAGGCAAGAUGUUGGAUAAAUAUAUCUAUGGAGCACAGGGAAUCCUCUUGGUAUAUGAUAUUACAAAUUAUCAAAGCUUUGAGAAUUUAGAAGAUUGGUAUUCUGUGGUGAAGAAAGUGAGUGAGGAGUCUGAAACUCAGCCACUGGUUGCCUUGGUGGGCAAUAAAAUUGAUUUGGAGCAUAUGCGAACAGUAAAACCUGAAAAACACUUAAGGUUUUGCCAGGAAAAUGGUUUUAGUAGCCACUUUGUCUCAGCAAAGACGGGAGACUCUGUCUUCCUGUGUUUUCAGAAAGUUGCUGCUGAAAUCCUUGGAAUCAAGUUAAACAAAGCAGAAAUAGAACAGUCACAGAGGGUGGUGAAGGCAGAUAUUGUAAACUACAACCAGGAACCUAUGUCAAGAACUGUUAACCCUCCUAGAAGCUCUGUGUGUGCAGUUCAGUGAGCACAUUUUUCUUCUGUAUUGAUAGUUCUGGCUCCCCUUCGCCUCUGUGUGGGCUCGAGGACCUGUAGAAACUUGUUUUAUCAGUGACCAUCUCUGUAGUUCAGUUAACGCUUUCCUCUCAACUCGCUUCAUCAUUGCCUGUUGCCUCAGCCGCAGGCAGCUCCUUGGACUGGAAAAAAUUCAACUUUGGGACCACACACUUUGAAUUCAAAAUGGAAAGCCCGUUCUCUGGAAUUAGACUGCUUCACUGAAAAAGAAUAAUGUUGGUUCUCUUUAUGUCCUCACUUCUUUUUUCCCUGAUGUAAGUUGUUUUAAACAAAUAUGAAAACUAUCUAAGUCUUGAUCAUCAGCCAGGAUUUUGCCACAGCACCGUUCCAUACUCUUAUCUGAACUCAUACCUGGCAAAGUAUGCUUCAGAGUACAAACAUUUAAACGAGUAAUAUAUUUUAUCUACAGAUACUUAAGAAGGCAUUCUUUUGCUGUCUAUCGUGAGUGAAAAUAUAUAAAGCUGUAUCUAACUGAAAAUGCUUGAAAUAAAGCUAUAAUAGAAAUAUUUUUUUCAUUUUUUUAAAACGAGCCUAAAUACUUUAUAUUUUAGCUGUAGCUCACAAAGUAGUGAGUAUUGGAUAUUGUAUUUUUAUUAUUGUAUCAUGAUCAUUACUACGUGUUGUGUAAUACUCAGGUUAGAUGGCUUUGUGAAUUCUGAUAAACGUUCAGCUGAUGCUCCAUGUGGACUUUCUCCUGCCAACUGUGUAAGAGUACUUCCAGAAUGAAUUAUGACUAUUGUUGGAUCAUCGUGGAUCAGACUGUACCUGAUGUUCAGAUGUUUUUCUCCUGCAAAUAAAUUUAUUUAAAUUAC